CCUUUUGCUAUUCGUUGCUCGCCCCUUCCAAUCUUCUUCGCGAUUUCUCCAAGGAAGUGUUGGGUUGUCUCCUUGAGAAAAGUUUCUCAAAUAAGUAAGGUUGGAGCCAUUCUAUCAUGGGAAAGAGAAAGUCAAGGGCGAAGCCACCUCCCAAGAAGCGAAUGGACAAGCUUGAUACAGUUUUCUGUUGCCCAUUCUGCAAUCAUGGAAGCAGUGUGGAGUGCCGCAUCGACAUGAAGAAUUUGAUUGGUGAAGCUACAUGCAGGAUUUGCCAAGAAAAUUUCAGCACAACUGUCACUGCGUUAACGGAGCCAAUAGACAUAUACAGCGAAUGGAUAGACGAGUGUGAGCGGGUCAACAACCUUGAGGAUGAUGGUGCUUAAUUGUUGUAGUAUGUAAUACUAGCAUAUAUGUGUGCUUAUAUAAAUGUCUGUUGUUAUAUGAGCAAUUAAAAGUGAUCCUAAGCUCUAUUAAGUGAAAACAUAUGCAACCUCUGUAAAGUGCAUUUGUGUUUGAGGACUUAGCUUUUGAUCAGCAGCCCUGGGCCUAAAUGUUUAUGUUUUGGUGUAUGAUCUAUGUGCUAUUAUCAUGGAUGUGUAUUUAGGACAAUGUGAUUCAUGAAUUAUCAAACAUCAUCCAAAGUGUAUUUUUUC